GUGGCGAUGCCUGGCGGAUGGGAACAAACUUGGGAUCGAGGAGAAAGGCAGGCCCAGGGCACCCUUGCGGCGGACCCAGGCACUGAGGGCCUGCGGCUGCCGGCCAGGGCAGCGGUGCGGCGGAUGCGGCAGGGACCUGCGUGAGGACUCCCUGAGCCCGCCGCGGGCCGCGAGCGAUCCUCCGCGAUGCCUCACAACUCCAUCAGAUCCGGCCACGGAGGGCUGAACCAGCUGGGAGGGGCCUUUGUGAACGGCAGACCCCUGCCGGAAGUGGUGCGGCAGCGCAUCGUGGACCUGGCCCACCAGGGCGUGAGGCCUUGCGACAUCUCCCGCCAGCUCCGCGUCAGCCAUGGCUGUGUCAGCAAGAUCCUUGGCAGUAGGUACUACGAGACUGGCAGCAUCCGGCCUGGGGUGAUAGGCGGCUCCAAGCCCAAGGUGGCCACCCCCAAGGUGGUGGAGAAGAUCGGGGACUACAAGCGACAGAACCCCACCAUGUUUGCCUGGGAGAUCCGAGAUCGGCUCCUGGCCGAGGGCGUCUGUGACAAUGACACCGUGCCCAGUGUCAGCUCCAUCAACAGAAUCAUCCGGACCAAAGUGCAGCAGCCAUUCAAUCUCCCCAUGGACAACUGCGUGGCCACCAAGUCCCUGAGCCCAGGACACUCGCUGAUCCCCAGCUCGGCUGUGACACCCCCGGAGUCACCCCAGUCCGACUCUCUGGGCUCCACAUACUCCAUCAAUGGGUUGCUGGGGAUCGCCCAGCCUGGCAGCGACAGCAAGAGGAAGAUGGAUGACAGUGACCAGGACAGCUGCCGGCUGAGCAUCGACUCCCAGAGCAGCAGCAGUGGGCCCCGCAAGCACCUCCGCACGGACGCCUUCAGCCAGCACCACCUGGAGCCGCUCGAGUGCCCCUUUGAGCGGCAGCACUACUCCGAGGCCUAUGCCUCCCCCAGCCACACCAAAGGCGAGCAGGGCCUUUACCCACUGCCUCUGCUCAACAGUGCCCUGGACGAUGGGAAGGCCACCCUGACUACUUCCAACACACCCUUGGGGCGCAGCCUCUCAACUCACCAGACUUACCCCGUGGUGACAGCAGAUCCUCACUCACCCUUCGCCAUAAAGCAGGAAAGCCCCGAGGUGUCCAGUUCUAGCUCCACCCCUUCCUCUUUAUCUAGCUCCGCCUUUUUGGACCUGCAGCAAGUCGGCUCUGGGGUCCCAGCGGGAGCCUCGGUCCCACCCUUCAAUGCCUUUCCCCACGCUGCCUCCGUGUAUGGGCAGCUCGCGGGCCAGGCCCUCCUCUCAGGGCGAGAGAUGGUGGGGCCCACACUGCCCGGAUACCCACCCCACAUCCCCACCAGCGGACAGGGCAGCUAUGCCUCUUCUGCCAUCGCAGGCAUGGUGGCAGGAAGUGAAUACUCUGGCAAUGCCUAUGGCCACACCCCCUACUCGUCCUACAGCGAGGCCUGGCGCUUCCCGAACUCCAGCUUGCUGAGUUCCCCAUAUUAUUACAGUUCCACAUCAAGGCCGAGCGCACCACCCAGCACCGCCACGGCCUUUGACCACCUGUAGUCGCCAUGGGGACAGUGGGAGCGACGGAGCAGCAGGAGGACCAGGUCUGGGACAGGCCCCAGAGAGUCACAGAAAGGAAUCUUUAUUUAUUACAUGAAAAUAACCACAAGUCCAGCCUCAUGGGUCAUACUCCCUGUGUGGCUGACUUAAUGAACCAUGAAAGACAGGAUGACUUUGGAGAAUGCCAGACUGUCCUCCAAGAUUCCUCAGUGAGUGCAGGAUUCCCAGGGAGGGACCUCCCAUCCUGAAAGACACAGAACUGGAGAAAUGUGGAGAGAAGAGGGAGCGGCAGAGUGCCUGGGAGGGAGGGCAGACUGGCCACAGUGGGCUUGGCGGCCCAGGGUGGCGCUGUGGCUCUACCAUCAACACACUCUAGUGUUCCUGGGUUGUUAGCACUUCCGUCCAGCCCACAAGUCACAGCCAGUGCAAAGGCUGUCCCCACAGUCACCCUCAGGGUCACUCCUACCAAGCCGCCUCAGAGUUGAGGCUCCUGCCGUCCACCUCCCCAACCCAGCCUGCUCUGCUCCUCCUGCAGCUCUCUCUUGGCCACCAGCUGAGGGCUGGGUCCAGUCACCCAGAAGCUCCACCCAGUGGUCAAGGGGCCUUCCCUCUGCCUGCUGCUGUGAUGCACCAGUGCACCCGGCUUCUCCUCUUGCAGCUCAUCCCAGAGAGCAGCCUCUUACAGCUGGACACAGACUUUCCAAAGGGCCCUGCUCAGAGCAGGCAGAGCUGCUGGGGACCCGGGCCAAGCCCCUCGCACCGGAGGAGGUGUGCUGCCUCCUGAGCCAGCGAUGCAGGUUCCCUCUGCACCUGCAGCUCCUGCCCCACGGCCUGACUGUAAAUACUGUAAAUGCAGCUCUGCGUGGUCCAGCUUCUUUCUGUCCACCCAGACUGUGGCCUCUCAGUGAAUUGUCUCCCUGCCAUGUUGGGCUUCUCUCCCCAAUGCUUCUUUCUUUUUUAACGACCACCACCAUUGCCACUCAACUCAAUAAAGCAUUACUCCGUUUCAGGCUCCAGGGUUGACUGGGGAGGAGGCACUGGACUAGGCUUUGUCCAGAGAAUCUCAGGUCCAGUGGACAGUGAGCACACUUUGGGGCCGGGGUGCAAAGGGCCAUCUAAAGCCCAGGAGCCUGGCUUAGUAUUCUCCCUCCGCCUUACCGUGUUUAACACCAGGCACACCACCUAACCCACGCUUUGACUUCUCCAGCUCUGGGUAAAGGGGGGCAUGAAGGAAGCACAUGGCGCAGUCCCGGGCCAGUCGCAGAUGCCCCAUAAGUGGUUGCUGUUGUUCACAGAAACCAGACAGUCGGUGGGGAGGCUGGUGACUGUGCCGGGAGUGGCCAUUCACAGAAGCAGCCCAGCAGCCCCAGGAUGUGAAGGAGGGAAGUGGGAAGACAUUUACUGGGCUGCUGUGCCAGACACAGGGUGGAGGCCUCGAAUCAGUGAAGGUGGGGUUAGCCCCAGGUUACCUGUGGAAAAGCUGACGCUCAGAAAAAAAAAUCCAAGAGGGGAGGUGGUAGGUUCAGGCCUGUAUGGCUGCCAGAGGGUUCUAGAUGCAGGGCAGCCAUGGAGAGGCAUGGGGUGGCAACGCCAAGAAGCAGGGAGCCUGUCGGGACACCGCCUUUCUAAUAAGUGUUGGAGAACAAGGGGGCACAUACUGCGGUGGCUACAGCAGUCCUGUCCCCAACACAGAGCUUGGCCCCAGGGGUGCCCUGCUGCCCAUGUGGACCCUUUCCGUGGGGGACUCUGCAACAAGCAGGACUGUGUGGCGCAUUCGACGUCUGGGCACACAGCCACUGGGGUUGUGUCAGACAGAAGAGGAGUCCUCACCCCAAUAGCCAGCAUCCGGGGACCCAGAGGCUGGGAGGGCAGAGCCUGAGAAACAGGAGAGGCCGGGGAUGCUCCCUGAGGGCAGCGUGGAUCCGCAGGUGAGGGGACGCUCCCACGGAGGAAACCGGUCCCCGUCGCUUCCCAGGGGACCUGAGAUGACAUUUGUCCUUCAAUAACAGCUUCCCUUUGGCUAUCAGCCUGGCGGUGGGACUGAACUCUAUAUACUUGAGACUCCUCAUGAUCCUGAGCUCUGGGUUCCUGAGGUCCCAAGGCAGCCCCCACCUGGUUCCUGGGUCCCUGUCCAAAAUCACUUUGAGACGCAUGGCACCCAGGGAGCCUGCCGAGCAUCAGACACUGGUGCACCUGGCUGGACCUGUCCCGCCCUUGAGUGACAAAGGGACUUGGCCUAUGCUUGUGCUGCAGGUGACUGGUUCCCUGAGGUGGCCCGUGCACCCGGGACACUGCUCAGACAGUGCUGGUGAGUGUGGUGGGGCCAAGGGCAGUGUCCACAGUCAAACUGUGGGUCCCUUUUGGGACUCAGGAAAUGCGUCAUCUGUGUGUUGAGGGAGAAAGAUGAUUUGAGGCACUGACGGGACAAGCUGAGGUGGCACGUGUGGGCACAGCAGAGAAGGGUGUGAGGAGAAGGUGUGGGGGACAGAGGAGGCUGCAGAGCUUCAGCUGGAGGCCUCUGUCUUGGGGCUGUGUGGGAAGGUGGGAAGCCUCAAGGCAGCUUCACGGGAAGGGGGCAGGUUGCCCUGGAGCCCACAGAGACCCCGUGUGGGCCAGGCAACGCCUGUACGGGGGGAGACAGAGCAGCUCGAACCCAACCUGGCCCCACCAGGUGGGGCAGAGCCCAUCUUUCUAAGGUGGGCUGGAGCUGCUGAGACCUCUGUGCUUCAGGCUGGGGACGGGGCCGCUGGGAGCCCUGCCUCCAAGGCCGGCCAGCCCUGGGCUGAGUCCAACCCUCCCUUAGCUUCUCCAAUAUUCCUGCUGUACGUUCUUACUAAAGAACAUGAAUUUCCUGCCCCUCCUUGCCAGGAACACACUCAGUGGUCGCACAACCUCAGGCAGGGGAGUUAGUUCGGCAGCCCACAGGUUGGGGGCCUGCUGAGGGCUCCCCUCUCCUACUUCCUCCCCUCACACACGCCUUUCCCACACAUCCACCUGAGUCUUCCUCACACUCUCCUGGUGUCCUUGUCCUGGAGUGGGUACAGGAAGAGGGGGCUGACCCCCAGUGGCUUGGGGGCUCCCUCCUGGCCCUCUUUCCCCACCCCACCCCCACCCAGUUAACUCCUCCUGUUCUCUGUCUCCUCUCACCCUCAGAAGUGACGACAGCCCUCCCCUUAGCCGUAGUGUCUUUCUGUCUGUAAAACUUGUCCACAUCCACCCAUUUUCCUCUCUAAUUCAUGACACUAGCCCCAUCGUGCACUUGGGGAAAUUGAGAACAAGAGAUGACCUUUUCAAGGCCAUUCUAAGGAGUUGGGACCAUAGCUGAAUCUGCACCCUCAUCUAAGGCCUCUAAGGCCUCUAAGGCCUUGUCUGGUGGUAGCCCAGCUUCUGCAGAGGCCU